AUGGUAAGAUUUGGGUUCGGAAAGAAGGGAGACGAUGGCGACCGCAGGAACUCGUCACAGUCCGCCCAGUCGGAGAACCCCUAUGCCCAACAGGAGGCCAACGACCCCUACGCCGACAGCGCCAAAUAUGCGAACAUGACCCCAUAUCACCAGGCUCGAGCCGGUCUCACUACCGGUCUGCAGCAUACUCCCUCUUCCAACGGGCAAGGAGGACGACCCACCGGGAGAUAUGAUUCCGGUAAUUCAAAUCAAGUAUCACACAACACUCACGGCGCUCUUUCAUCUACAGGCUAUGGCGCCGACCGAUACGGAUCUGCCGGCGGAUAUGGAUCAGAUCGAUACAAUAGUCCAGCUGGUGGCGACCGCGGCCCUGGCGGUAAUGGUGGGUUUGGGCAGUCCAACAAUGAGCGCGAUGGGAAUCGCGAGGCUCCUUUUGCUGGAACGCCGAGCCAUCAACCUUUGGAUCAGCAACCACCACCGCUUUCAGGGGCAACCUCCUACGGACAGUCCGUCACAGAGAGCAAUACGUACGGUGGUGGUUAUGGCGAGCAGAGAGAGCUUACGGCUGAGGAGCAGGAGGAAGCAGAGUACCAGUCUAUCCUGGCUCAGAAGCGUCAGAUUCAGCAGGAGAGUGUCUCAUCGGUGAAUCGCUCUGUUCAGACGGCGAGGCGAGCAAACGAGCUCGGACAGGCAACUCUAGCACGCCUGGGCGUCCAAGGUGAACGGCUACAGAAUACAGAGAGGAAUCUCGAUCUCGCAGCGACCCAAAAUAAAGUCGCCCAGGAUAGGGCUGCAGAAUUAAAGACGCUCAAUCGAAGCAUGUUUGCAGUUCAUGUCGGAAAUCCUUUCACCUCUAAGCAACGACAACAGAGAGCGGACGAGGAGGUAUUGAACAGACACCGAGCAGAAAGAGACCAAAAAGAGGCAACCCGUCGUGAAGGAUAUGCCGCUAACCAGCGAAUGGAGUCCGCUUUCAAAGAAAUCAACGCAGCUGAAUCCCGGGCUCGUCCUCAGACUCGAAAGAAGGACUAUGGCAAGUUCGUCUUAGAUGAAGAGGACGAAGAGAGCAGAUUACAAGGGAUGAGAGCUGAAGACGAGAUCGAGGAUAGACUGGGUGAACUCGGUCAGGAGGUAUCAAAUAUGAAUUUGAUUGGACGAGCCAUCGGCAGAGAGGUUGAGGCUCAAAACAAACAGAUCGAUAGAAUCAUGUCCAAGAGCGAUGCUGUCGACGAUGCUACAAGGAUGAACCGAGAGCGUCUAGCUCGCAUAAAGUAA